CGCGCCAGGAAUGGGGAGCUACUCGGGACAGCUUCAUACCACGUACACUCAUAUCAAUCUAGGCUCAUAGGUGACAGCGAACCCAAUCUUGCAAAGCUACAGCUUGUUAAAGUCCCUGGGCGGCCUUUGCACAGCAUAUUCGCAUUUAAAAGUGGUUGCAGAGUCUCAUUAUCCACCUGUCUGCCCGCUUGACGACACCAAUACAUUCGCGCCCACGACGUCUAGACCGGUGACAAAAAGGAACCCAACUCGACCUCAGCCAUGUCGGCCCCUCAAGAAGGUUAUCCACCGCAAGGUUAUCCGCAACAGGAGCAAUAUGGGGAGCAGCAACCACAACCUGGCUUCGGAGCUGCUGCACCACCUCCGGCCGAGGAGCACCAUGACGGCCAUGGCAAGAAAAAGAAGAGAGGAUACGCUGCGCAAGCAUACGAUUUUGGCGCUGGCGGUAACGCAGCUCUAGGAGGGCAACCGCCAAACCCAGAAAACUUUGCUCCAGUUGGCGCCCCAGCUUAUGGUGGUUACCCUGCUGCUGCCGAGCAGCCAGCUUAUACUGGGAACCAGCCAUACACCGACGCCCCUCAACCGUCAACUUUUGGCCAGUCUGCCCUCGGCGGCCUUGGAGGAUACCAGGCACCACAACAACCAGCUGGGUACCCGGCACCUGGAGCCCCUCCCGGUGGUGAUGUUGGAGGUAUCACGCAGGGAAUGGGCCAGAUGGGAAUUGCGCCUCAAGCUGCUGCGCCAGGCGCUGGAGGUGCACCGAGGGUUGCCCUGAACCAGCUAUAUCCCACCGAUCUUUUAAACCAGCCAUUUAAUGUUGCUGAAAUUGAGCUGCCUCCGCCACCAAUUAUCCUCCCACCAAAUUCGAGCGUCACACCGUCACCGGACGCAAACAGCUCCCACAAAUACGUGCGAUCUACCCUCAAUGCAGUUCCAACAACCAACAAUCUCUUAAAAAAGUCGAAGCUUCCAUUUGCCCUCGUCAUUCAGCCAUACACUUCCUUACAUGAUGCGGACGACCCAGUUCCAGUUAUCCAAGAUCAGAUCAUUUCUCGUUGCCGAAGAUGUAGGACGUAUAUCAACCCCUAUGUUACUUUCCUCGACCAUGGACACAGAUGGCGCUGUAACAUGUGCAAUCUGACCAACGAUGUCCCACAGGGAUUUGAUUGGGAUGCUGCAACACAGCAGAGUGUAGACAGGUGGCAGAGAGCCGAACUGAACCACGCCGUUGUCGAAUUCGUGGCUCCACAAGAGUACAUGGUUAGGCCACCGCAGCCUCUGGUGUACCUCUUCCUCUUCGACGUAAGCUAUAACGCUGUGAACAAUGGCCUCUUGGCUACCAGCGCACGCACAAUCCUCGACAGCCUCAACAGGAUACCCAACGCCGACCGCAGGACGCGCCUCGGCUUCAUGGCUGUGGACUCGAGCUUGCACUACUUCACAAUUCCAAAGGAUACCGAAGAGAACGGAGAGACAAAUAUGCUUGUGGUUAGCGACUUGGAUGAGCCGUUUUUGCCAAUCCCCCAAGAGUUGCUGGUACCCCUGUCGGAGUGCAGGACAAAUAUCGAGGCAUUCCUCACCAAAUUACCGAGCAUGUUCCAGAACAACGUAAUCACCACAUCGUGCAUGGGAUCGGCAUUGCGCGCCGGUCACAAGCUUAUUUCACCGCUUGGUGGCAAGCUUGUGGUACUGACGGCUACGCUGCCCAAUGUUGGCUAUGGAAAGCUCGACUUGCGUGAAGAUCCAAAGGCUCUCGGAACCAGCAAGGAAGGCGCCCUGUUGCAAACCCAAAACAGCUUUUAUAAAAGCUUUGCUGUCGAGUGUUCCAAGAACCAGGUUUCCAUCGACAUGUUCCUCUUUUCUUCACAAUACCAGGAUGUGGCAUCGCUGAGCAACCUGCCCCGAUACACCGGAGGGCAAACCUACUUCUACCCAGGAUGGAGCGCUGUGAGAAGCGAAGAUGCUAUCAAAUUUGCCUCGGAGUUCAGCGACUACCUCUCUUCUGAAAUCGGUUUGGAGGCCGUUCUACGUGUCCGUGCGACCACUGGACUGAGAAUGAAUACCUUCUACGGCAACUUCUUCAACCGCAGCUCUGAUCUGUGCGCGUUCCCAGCGUUCCCUCGUGACCAGGCAUAUGUCGUUGAGGUCGCUAUUGACGAAACCCUCACGAAGAACUUCAUCUGUAUGCAGGCCGCUGUGCUCCAUACAACGAGCAAUGGGGAGCGCAGAAUUAGGGUCAUGACACUGUCUCUCCCUACGACAACAAUCCUAGCCGAUCUCUACGCGUCAGCGGAUCAAUGUGCGAUCACUACUUACUUCAGUCACAAGGCAGUCGAACGCGCCCUUAGCAACGGCCUGGAGUCCGCGCGUGAAUCCCUGCAGUCGAAGCUCAUUGAGCUCCUCCAAACGUUCAAGAAAGAGCUUGCUGGAGGAAACAUGGGUGGUGGCGGUCUUCAAUUCCCAGCUAACCUCCGCGGCCUCCCUACUCUUUUCCUGGGACUGAUUAAGAACCUCGGUCUACGAAAGUCGGCCCAGAUUCCGUCCGAUCUUCGUUCUGCCGCCCUUUGCCUGCUCUCCACGCUGCCAUUACCGCUGAUGAUGCAGUACAUCUACCCACGCCUUUACUCUUUGCACGACAUGCCCGAUAAUGUCGGUAUCCCAGACCCAGAGACCAGCGAGAUUGUCCUCCCGGCUCCGCUCAACCUCUCUUCCGAGCGCCUCGUUCCAUAUGGUCUAUAUCUUAUCACCGAUGGCCAAACUCAAUUCCUGUGGGUUGGCCGCGAUGCUGUACCGCAGCUCCUGGAAGACGUCUUUGGCGUGCCUGAUAGGACACAAGUCAAGGUCGGCAAAGCAUCACUGCCAGAGCUAGACAAUGACUUCAAUGAGCGCAUUAGAGCUGUCAUGCUGAAGUGCAAGGAUUACAGAUCCAGGGGUGUUGGAAGCAUAAUCCAGCCACACCUAUAUAUCGUCAAGGAGGAUGGAGACCCAAGCUUGAAGCUGUGGGCGCAGACAAUGUUGCUGGAGGACAGGGCAGACCAGGGGAUGAGCUUCCAGCAGUGGAUGGGGACACUGAGAGAGAAGGUUAUGCAAUAAGUGCUAAAGCACACAAUGACUCGAAAGCGAAAUAUACGACGGUGGCCACUGAUGAUGAAAUGAGCGUGCUCUAGUGGGCAGGCGGGGUAUGAAGGAAAUAACGAUACGUUGAUAGCAAUUUUGAUAGGGGAGCAAAGAGUUUACGUAUAGACUGAGUGUGAAGAGAAGCACUGUUGAUUAAUAUACAUCGUCCAGUAGCUGAGCCUCUAGCAUUAUAUCUUCUGCAAUUUGGAGUCUAUUGAUGGAUGCACUUCAUGUUAAAACCUAGUUACAGUAGCAACGUGUAACUUUCUAGCGAAUAAAAAAUGUCAAACAACACGGAAUAAGUCAUAUAACAUGACAAUCUAUCCACUAUUUCCAAAUCCAAG